UGACAGUACAUCUGAAAAUGGCCCAGACCCGAGACAAGGUGCGGCCCAUAAUCGUAUCAUUUGUAAAAGUUAGAUACGGUUAGGGUUUUUCCACCAUCUUCUUCUUCAGUACCCUAACAACCCUCCUUGCUGCUGCAACUUCGUCCAGCAAUGGCUUCAGAGAAGAAAUUAAGCAACCCAAUGAGGGACAUUAAGGUCCAGAAACUUGUCCUCAAUAUCUCCGUUGGUGAAAGUGGAGAUCGACUUACUAGAGCUGCAAAGGUGUUGGAGCAACUUAGUGGCCAAUCACCUGUUUUCUCCAAGGCGAGGUAUACUGUGCGGUCCUUCGGAAUCAGGCGUAAUGAAAAGAUAGCUUGCUAUGUCACUGUCAGAGGCGAGAAAGCCAUGCAACUACUUGAGAGUGGAUUGAAAGUUAAGGAAUACGAGUUGUUGAGAAGGAACUUCAGUGAAACCGGGUGCUUUGGGUUUGGUAUUCAAGAGCACAUUGAUCUUGGAAUUAAAUAUGACCCUUCAACUGGUAUUUAUGGUAUGGAUUUCUAUGUUGUGUUGGAGCGUCCUGGAUACCGUGUUGCUCGUCGCCGCAGGUGCAAGUCUCGAGUCGGGAUCCAGCACAGGGUCACAAAGGAUGACGCAAUGAAGUGGUUCCAGGUCAAAUAUGAAGGUGUUAUCCUUAACAAGUCCUCAAAUAUCAGCUGAUAAGCUGAGAGCCAGUUUCUGGAUCAGUUUGUCUCCCUAGCAAUUUUAUGUUUAUGCAUUUUGUAGACCGAUAUCGGUAUCACUCCUAGAGGAAAGUUUUGGAGAGUUUCUAUUAUUUGGUAUAUGAGGACGUGUUGGUUCCUCAUUUUGGCUAUCAGAUGAACUCAAUCCUUUUCUUUUUUGUGGUCAAUUUCUUUUGUUGCAAUCAAAGUAGAAUCAGCAAUCUAGUCUUACAAGAGAUGUUAUGAAUACCUUAAUUUGGUUACCUAUUGUGGUAAUGAAUUGGCGCUGUUUAAACAUUUUUAUCAAAUUGGCUUUGGGGA